CGGCGGCCAUCGGCCAUUAUUUAUGUGGCAGGCAAAGCGAACGUGUUUGUUAUUUUUCGAGUAAUUUCGGGUGAAAAUCAGCCGGAAGUUGAAAAAAAAGUGAAUUACGAUGGUAAAUUGUUCAGCGUUUGGAUGUAAGAGUCGCAGCGAGAAAAAGGAAGCAGGAAUCUCUUUUCACAGCUUUCCAAAGGAUGUAGAGAAGUGCAAAACGUGGUUGGAUAACAUGAAACUCGACAAAUGGGAGCCAACUAAAUUCUCUAGAAUUUGUUCAAAACAUUUUGAAGAACGUUAUUUAUAUCAGUCUGAAUCAGAGUCAAGAAUUCGUUUGUUGAAUGAAGCCAUCCCAACAAUUUUUCCAGAGUUGCCAAAACAUUUACAACCAAAACAGACUGUUAAGAGAGCACGUAGCAUUUUUCCAGAACCGGGGCCAUCUACAGUGCAACCCGAGAUGCAACCUCAAACCACUGAGAGUCCUCAAAAAACGAAAUUAAGAAUGAAGUUAUUGGAAGUGGCCUUGAGAAGCAAGGAGAAGACAAGAAAAAUAAGAGUACUCACACAGUCCCUAAAAAGGUAUAAGAAAAAAGUAGUUUCCCUUAAGAAUAUAAUUCAAGAUUUGAAGAGAAAAAAAAUUGUUGCUUGAUGAACAGGCAGCAAUUUUACAAAAUAUGUCACUAAUUAAUAGAGAAAUGUUGCAGAAAAAGUAUACUACUGGCAAAAAAUACCAUCCUGAAUUACCAUCACCUUUUACCAAGGUGAAUUACGUAAAAGGUGAAUCAGGUAAAGCUGGAUUUGAGCAAAAUUUUGCAUAUUUCAUCUAAUAUUGGACACAUUUUCAAUAUAAUGAUUAUAAACAAUAGUAAUAAGCAAGACUAGACGGGAACUUACCACUCUUACCAGCUUCCAACGAUGAAAUAUAAUUUUUUUCGUAAUUUAAGUAUAUUGAAAAAUCAUUGAUUAGCAAUAUCUCCAAAAUUGCUGAAUUUAAUUAUAGGAUAUGUAACAUGGUAAAAAGCACUUUUGUUGGAAAACCCUGUACAUACCUAUUUUGAAAUUGUUAAAUCUGUCACUGUGGUAUUUGUGUAAUUUAUUUUUUUUAAUAUCAUAGACCAUUUUUGCCGUUUUGUGGCCUUGUGAUAUUUUUAAGAUUUUUAUAUCCUACUGAACUAUUAAAACCAUAUAAUACCUUGGUUACGAUAAUCAUAAACAGGGUCUUAACUCCCAAGGGAGUUAAGGAUUUUCAUAACUCCCAAGGGAGUUAAGGAAGGGAGUUAAGGAUAUCAUAACUCCCAAGGGAGUUAAGGAUUUCCAUAACUCCCGCUUUUACCUUGAAUAGGUAACCCUUUGACAAAAAAUAGAAAUUUUGAUUUAUGGCUUAUUCCUUUAUAAAAAUAGACAGAAUACAGUAAAUUCAGUAGGAUAUAAAAUUAUCUAUGUACCACGGGAAUUAUCAGGAGUUAAUACCCACGGGCAAUUGGUGUCCCUCGGGCCGGAGGCCCUCGGGACACAAACGUUGCCCUGGGGUAUUAACACCUGCAUAAUUCCCUUGAUACAUAAAUAACUAUUAUAUCCUACUGAACUAUUAUAACCAUAUAAUACCUUGGUUACGAUAAUCAUAAACAGGGUCUUAACUCCCAAGGGAGUUAAGGAUUUUCAUAACUCCCGCGCGGGAAUUAAGGAUAUCAUAACUCCCAAGGGAGUUGAGGAUUUCCGUAACUCCCGCUUUUACCUUGAAUAAGUAAAACUUUGAGAAAAAAUAGAAAUUUUGAUUUAUUGUUUAUUCCUUUAUAAAAAUAGAUAGAAUACAGUAAGUAAAUUCAGUAGGAUAUAAAAUUAUCUAUGUACCACGGGAAUUAUCAGGUGUUAAUAUCCACGGGCAAUUGGUGUCCCUCGGGCCGGAGGCCCUCGGGACACAAAUGUUGCCCUGGGGUAUUAACACCCUCAUAAUUCCCUUGAUACAUAAAUAACUAUAAUUUCAUAUAGGAUAUGUGAUAAUCACCUAUUAACGAAUAUACUGAAUUAACUAAAUACAGGGUGACUCAGAGUAAAUUUCCCUUUUUAAUAGCGCCCUGUACAUCCAACUUAAUACUUGUGGAGGGGAUAGCGCUGGUAAUUUGCGGCGAAUGCGUGCGGAUUUUCAGUAAAAAUGGAAUUGUGGUUGAACGAGCAACGCGCCUUUGGGGUCGAGGUGUUUUUCAAAUCGAUCGAUUCCUAGGAACUGUAACAUCGAAAAAUGGGGGCAUCGGUUUUUCACCAAGAUCACCAGAUCUUACGCCCCUAGACCUUUUUUUGUGGGGAUAUUUGGAGAGUAUCGUCUACCUACGCCGAUCCCCCAGCCACUAUGGAACAGUUAAAACGCAACAUUCGAGAGGCCAUUCCCAACAUUCCUAUUGAAAUGUGUCAGCGAGUCUUCCAACAUUUAAGAGCAUCAAUGGAGGAGUGCUAUGCGAGGGAUGGUUCACAUUUGGAUAAAAUUGUGUUUAAAAAUAAUAUAAUAUAUUCCGCAUUUCUGUACUUCCAAAAUUUAUUAUUUAAAUUGCCCCAACACGUUUUAUUUUGUUUUUAUAACAUGUUAAAAAGGGAAAUUUACUCUGAGUCACCCUGUACAUACAUGCUUAGUUUAGUGAUUUAUUCUGGCAAUGAAAAUUUGUAUUUUUUAUACAAUAGACCCUAUUGAGUAAGUAUUAUUUAUAUUUAUUUUUUUUCAUCUAUUUUUGUAUCAAUAAAACCUGUUUAUAAAAAUCCUGUCUUGUCAUGUUUUAUUUUAUUCAGUGUUUCCGUAAAGUAACGGAUAAAUUAUUCAUUUAUAAUUUGGGCUUAUUCUCAGAGGGGCUUAUUUUUUUUUUUUGAAAAACGCCCAGACACGUCAAUCUUAAUUUUUGGUGGCGGUGUUUUUAAACUAAUUUGUAUUUAUACAAGGUGACCCAAAAAAAAGAGAUAUCACGAGACACUUCAAAUUUUUAAAUGGAAUGCCCUGUAUAUUUUGAUAAAUAUCGAUAGAACGCAUCGAAAU